GAGCUGGAGCUGGAGGUGCUGCGGGACACGCGGAACCGAACCAUCCGCGCCCUGUGCGGGCAGCGCUCCAUGCCCCGCAGCGUCUGGGAGCUGCCGCCCGGGCAGCGCCGCACGGUGCUCCGGCACCUCCUGGUCAGCGACAAGUACCGCUUCCUCUACUGCUACGUGCCCAAGGUGGCCUGCUCCAACUGGAAGCGCAUCCUCAAGGUGCUGGACGGGGCUCUGGAGAGCGUGGACGCGCGGGGCAAGAUGGACCACAAGAGCGACCUGGUGUUCCUGGGCGACAUGAAGCCGGAGGAGAUCAGCUACCGCCUGAAGCACUACUACAAGUUCAUCUUCGUGCGGAACCCGAUGGAGAGGCUGCUCUCGGCCUACCGCAACAAAUUCGGGGAGAUCAAGGAGUACCAGCAGAGGUACGGCGUGGAGAUCGUCCGGCGGUAUCGGAAGAACGGGGGCAACUCGGCGGGCGACGACGUGUCCUUCUCGGAAUUCCUGCAGUACCUUCUGGACGAGGACGUGGAGCGUAUGAACGAGCACUGGAUGCCCAUCUACAACCUGUGCCAGCCCUGCGCCGUCAGGUACGACUUCAUCGGCUCCUACGAGCGGCUGCACGCCGACGCCACCCACGUGCUGGAGCGCAUCCAGUCUCCAUCCUUCGUCCGCUUCCCGGAGCGCCAGGCCUGGUACAAGCCCGUGACGGCCGAGACGCUGCACUACUACCUGUGCAACACCCAGCGCCGGCUGCUCAGGGAGCUGCUCCCCAAGUACAUCCUGGACUUCUCCCUCUUCGCCUACCCCCUGCCCAACGUCACCAGCGAGUUCUGCAGGCACUGAGCGGCUCCUGGCCGGAGGCGGUGGGAGCUCUGCCUCGGCCCGUGCUGCUGCGUGGAGCACGCUCCUCUAUGCAUUAUUUCCUGAUUUUAUACUUGGCAGGCACUGUUUGUACGAAAUUCUCUCUACUGCCUUCGCUACUUAGGAUCCUUUUUGUGCCUCUCUGACUUUCCCGUGUACCUGCGCUGCUGGCUUGAGCGCAGCAGCUUUCGUAUCUCUGUUUUGCUCUAAAGCCUUUUUUAUGCCAUGACAUGGAGAACUCCUGUAGGGAAUCUGAGAAAUUUAUAUAUUUUAAGUAUUUUUCUUCCUUUUCUGGGUUUUGUACUAAACGUUGGUUGAAUCGAGAUCUUGAUCUCGUGGCGGUUGAUGCACUAAAAAUUGGCAUUGCUAAACCGGUCCCAGAUGGAUUUUGGGUAUAA